UCAUCCCCAUACUUACAUGAACAUGCGCAUUGCCUUGGAUGCCCGGUUUUUGCUGCCAUCCCCAGACCGAUCCACCCUCGUCAAACACUCCCCUUUCAACUUUGAUAGACAGGACACGCCGACUGCAGCCAAGACAUUACAUCGCAUCUCUCGUUCAUCUUGAAUUGAUUGGAGUGGGCUAGGCCGAAUCAAGGACCCGUUUCCCGGUUCGAGGCCGUGAAUCGUGAGAGUAUGGUGGAAGCCCGUCAUGGAAGAUCAGACUACACACAUCAUUCGGCGGAGCCUGCUCAACCCCCUACAGCUCCUUUGCCAUCCAGUAACCCCUCCGCUCCCAUCAAACGAGGCUCGGCGUGCCGUCGAUGUCGACUACAGAAGAUCAAAUGCGAUGGACAGUCGCCGGCCUGUUCGAAUUGCGUCAAGGCGGGUGUUAGUUGUAUCAAGUCAAACAAUGCAGAUGCCGAUGCUACACGCGAAUACACAAAGCAGCUCGAAAGGAGAGUACAGUGGCUAGAAGAACUUGUUCGGAGAUUUCAGCCCAAUGCAAUAUUUGAUCAAGCGGGUAAUCUCCAGAUCAACGAUGAAUUCAUCGUCGUUGGUGCACAUCCUCUGUCUUCUCAUCUCACUAUUGGUCCUCUCGACCUUACCAAAGCCAGAACCACUGCCUCCUUGCCAGGCGAGUCUCCUGCUGCGUCAACAUCCAGUCAAAUUGGCCCUAGUCAACCGCUAGCACAUGAUGUUGGUUUGCUUUCGUUAGCAAACUCGACAGAACCCAAAUAUCUCGGUCCCUCAUCAGGAGUGCCAUUUGCGCGCCUCAUCUUUUCUUCUGCGCCGCAAUCUCAAGGUCUAUCAAGUGCCUGGCAGGCUGUGCAAGAUGGACCACUACAAGCCUCCAAUAGCUUGCAGCAGUCCCAACCCAUAAAAUUCGCUAAGUUGCCGAAUGAAGACGAGAUGAGUUAUUUUGUGUCUGCCUACUUCGAGGUGUGGCAUACUACUUACCCGUUUCUAAUGGAAGACGCUUUUCAAGAGACUGUGGAGAGAGUAAUUCAGUAUGAGAAGGUCAGAUCUACAUCAAAUGUACCGCCAGAGGCACCGGCACAUGCUUUUGAUAUGGCCCAAACGUUCCUUGUCUUGUCCCUUGGUGCCAAAGUGCUCGAGACAAGAUUAAGCAUUGAAUUUCAAUCAGAGCAAUACUAUGCAACUGCAAUGUUCUAUGUCGGAAAUCUUCAGCUGCAUGACAGUAUCAGAGGUGUCCAAGUGUUGCUAUUACUUGUUCUUUGCAGCUUUUCUUUUGCCAAUGGUUUGAAUGCUUGGUUCCUCACGUCGACAAUCAUUGCCAGCUGUCUGGACCUCGGGUUGCAACGGAAGCACGUACAUAAUCGCCCUCAGGAAAGCACACAACAAGAUAGCGAGGAGGAUUCGCGCUUUAGUGAACUCCGAAGCGGCAUCUUUUGGUCUGCAUAUUCUCUCGACAGGACCUUAUCCGUCAUCCUGGGAAGACCUUUGACUCUCAGAGAUGAAGCUUGCGACAUUGAAUACCCAGGAGAACAUGAAAGCGAGGAGAUUGCGCACGACGCCGUCGACCGCCGUGGCAGGACCCAGUCACCGACGCAAGAGCCGCAACGAAAGCGACCAUGCCUACCGCGAGCGACGCCUCCAUAUCUCCCCGCCAUAUAUUCGUUCCGCUUUGAUCGUAUAACGGCAGAAGUCAAAUUAAUGAUAUAUCGCGUGGCAAGGUCCCCGGCACGUUUCCCGUGGCCAACAGAUCUCGAGGAGUGGCAAGAGCAAACCCACCAAGUCUGUAAAGAAUUGCUUGAGGAGGCUAAAAGGAACCUCAAAUGGAGGGGUCUUGCAGGACGUAGAGGGACCCUCGACGGAGCAUUACCUUUGAUUGAGCUUAAAUGUCACCAGUGCAUAAUGCUCCUCUAUCGUCCAAGUCCCGCAUUUCCCCAACCGUCGAACUCAGCUCUGAAGAAUUGCUACGAGAGCGCAGUCGAGACAAUUCGAAUACAAUCGGACAUGCAAAAGUUCGCAAAAUUGAUCAAUUCUUGGUUGACCGCCCACUCCGUGUUUGUGUCUGGGAUAACCAUUCUCUACUGCCUCUGGACAAGUGCGGAGAUACGACGGCAGACGACCCUUGAGGACUUCUUGCGGCAAGCAGACGCCUGUAGCAAGCUUUUGAACAAGCUUGGAAAAAGCUGGUCCGUGGCGGAGAAUGCACAGUCAAAAUUUGAACGUCUGGUACAGGUCACAUCUGACACGUGGAAAAACAAUCAGUCGGGAACUAUAACACCUGCCAUACAAACGCAAGCGCAGCAGCAGACGAUUGGGGAGAAUGGUGGUGGAGUGGAAGUUGGUGUUGGGUACCAGUCAAUGGAAAAUCUCCCUCUUAAUUUCUGGGAGCAAUACAACACGGAUUACACACAGGGUCCAAAUAUGAUCAUGGAUGAGCUAGGCGAUAUGGGCGGCUGGUUUGAUCUCGAAUGGCUUGGUAAUUCAGAAAAUACCUAUCAAAUGGGGGCUUAGAAAUAGGACAAUUGUACCCAGAUGUACCCAAGAGUUUUGCC